GCAACAUCAACAUCAACAAGAGGGCCCUUGGAGAAGAACUCUGCCCGUCUCACUGUGUGCGCUUCUAAAGCAGCGUGCUGAUAGAAACAAAAGGUUGCUAGUGCCUUUGGGGCUGCCAUUGAGUUAGUGUGCUUGAGCAUUUUCCGUGCUUCUUUCUACCUGGGUCCCUUGGUAUUGUAUGCACGUCGCGCUGCAGCAGACGAGAAGCUAGAUGCACCGCUUCACCCAUCAUGGCCGUCUCCUGGUGUCAAGACCCGUCACCGCUCCUUGCUGCAGUCCCAGUCGACUGAAGCCGCGUCGGAACCUCUUGCACACGCUCACGUCAAACACUCGCCUCCCUCGUUACCCCGCUGCCUCGCCGACACCAUCUCUCCGCUCCCCUCCAUCCUCCCGACACCCUGCCUUUGUCACUGUGAGGCACUGUUCCCAUCGACGAAACAUGUGCAAGCACUUUGGCGCCGAGGGCCACUCGUCCAUUGACAUCACCAAGGGCCGUGAGGUGCUGCCUGUCAAUGUCAAGCCUAUUCACUAUGACUUGACGCUGGAGCCAGACUUUGCCAAGUUUACCUACCAAGGCACCGUCACCAUCGAUCUAGACGUCGUCGACGACACUACCUCGAUUUCCCUCAACACCAACGAGCUCAAGAUCCACUCGACCAAGGUCACGGCUGGCCAGCAAGUCAUCACCGAAUCGCCCAAUGUCACCACCGACGACGAUGCGCAGACGACCAAAGUCAGCUUCGACCAGACCAUCCCUGGCGGCAGCAAGGCGAAGCUUACCAUGACCUUCUCCGGCGUCCUCAACGACAACAUGGCCGGCUUCUACCGCUCGUCCUUCAAGGCCGCCGACGGCUCGACCACAUACAUGGCGACCAGCCAGAUGGAGCCCACGGAUGCCAGGCGGGCGUUCCCCUGCUUCGACGAGCCGGCCCUCAAGGCCAAGUUCACCGUCACGCUCAUCGCCGAUGACAAGAUGACCUGUCUCAGCAACAUGGACGUGGCGUCGGAGAAGCAAGUCGACAGCACCAUCUCGGGCGGAAAGCGCAAGGCCGUCACCUUCAAUCCGACGCCCCUCAUGUCAACAUACCUCCUGUGCUUCAUCGUCGGCGAGCUCAACUACAUCGAGACGAACAACUUCCGCGUCCCUGUACGAGUCUAUGCUCCAAAGGACCGAGACAUUGAGCAUGGCCGGUUCUCGCUCGAGCUGGCCGCAAAGACGCUGGAGUUUUACGAGAAGACCUUUGACAGUCCCUUCCCGCUCCCUAAGAUGGACAUGGUUGCUAUUCCCGACUUUAGUGCAGGUGCCAUGGAAAACUGGGGCCUCGUCACCUACCGCGUUGUAGAUGUGCUUAUUGACGAAAAGGUCAGUGGUGCUGCUACCAAGCAGCGCGUUGCCGAGACGGUGCAGCACGAGCUCGCGCAUCAAUGGUUCGGCAAUCUCGUAACCAUGGACUUCUGGGACGGCUUGUGGCUUAACGAGGGAUUCGCAACCUGGAUGUCGUGGUACUCCUGCAAUGUCUUCUACCCCGACUGGAAGGUCUGGGAAGGUUAUGUUACGGACAACCUGGCUAGCGCACUCUCGCUCGACUCUCUACGCAGCAGUCAUCCCAUUGAGGUGCCUGUGAAGCGUGCAGACGAGAUCAAUCAGAUUUUCGACGCCAUCUCCUACUCCAAGGGCUCUAGUGUCAUUCGCAUGAUUUCCAAAUAUGUCGGAGAGGACACCUUCAUGGAGGGUAUUCGCCGCUACCUUAAGAAGCACGCCUAUGGCAACACGGAGACCGGCGACCUGUGGGCUGCCUUGGCUGAUGCCAGUGGCAAAGACGUUGGCAAGGUCAUGGAUAUCUGGACCAAAAAGGUCGGAUUCCCAGUCGUUACCGUGACCGAGGGCGCCGACUCUAUCCACCUCAAGCAAAACCGCUUCCUCCGUACAGCCGACGUCAAGCCAGAAGAAGACCAGACCCUGUAUCCAGUCUUUCUCGCGCUGCGGACUAAAGAAGGGGUUGACGAGGACUUGACGCUUUUCGAUCGCGAAGCCGACUUCAAGCUCAAGGACCUCGACUUCUUCAAGCUCAACGCAGACCACUCUGGUCUUUACCGGACCUCAUACACGCCAGAGAGAUUGAGGAAACUUGGAAUCUCGGCCAAGGAGGGCCUCUUGACUGUUGAGGACAGAGCUGGUAUGAUUGCUGAUGCUGGCUCGCUGGCCGCGUCUGGCUAUCAAAAGACGUCUGGCAUUCUCUCGCUCCUGGACAGCUUCAAACAUGAGGCAGAGUUCGUCGUUUGGGGGGAGAUUACUGGUCGCAUUGGUUCCCUCCGGGGCGCAUGGAUGUUCGAGGACCAGAAGAUCAGGGAUGCUCUGAAGAAGUUCCAGUUAGAGCUCAGUGCCGAGAAGGCACAUGAGCUGGGAUGGACGUUUGAUGAAAAAGACGGCCAUAUCGAGCAACAAUUCAAGGGUCUCAUGUUCGGUGCUGCCGGUAUCGCCGGAGACGAGAAGAUUACCAAGGCAUCAUUCGACAUGUUUGAGAAGUUCAAAGCAGGCGACAAGUCUGCCAUCCACCCCAACAUCCGCGGCAGCGUAUAUGCUAUUGUGUUGGCGAAUGGUGGGCAAGAAGAAUACGACGUCAUUGUCAACGAGACACGAAACGCUGCCACAAGUGACGAACGCAACUCGGCUCUUCGCGCGCUCGGUCGUGCCAAGUCGCCAGAGCUCAUCCAGCGCACGCUCGCCAUGGCCCUCAGUGACGAAGUCAAGGGCCAAGACAUCUACCUGCCCAUUGCUGCCUUAAGGUCACACGCAGAGGGCUGUCACGCGCUUUGGAAGUGGGUCAAGGACAACUGGUCGGAGCUGGAGAGAAGGCUGCCUCCUAGCUUGAGCAUGCUAAGUUCGGUUGUUGCCAUUACAACAUCGGGCUUCACUCACCGGGAACACAUUGAAGAUAUCCAGGCGUUCUUCAGCAGCAAGAGCACCAAGGGCUUCGAUAUGGCGCUGUCUCAGAGCAUCGACGCCAUCAGUGCCAAAGCCGCAUGGCUUGAGAGAGAUGCGGAGGAUGUCAAGAUGUGGCUGCAGGAACAUAGAUACCUGCAGUAGAAGCAGAGUGUUGUGUGGAUUGUUAUGAACUAUGGCUGUACAAAUAGAUGGAGAUGAAAAGCAUUUACUCCCUGCGCCAUCAAUCCAUAUUGUCCCCAACAAACACAAUAAGCUUUUUUCACGUUGGCAAGUCUAAGAAUGACGUCAGUGUACAUACCAUAAGCGUAACUGAACAAAUGCACCACGACAACCUCUGCGGUGCGGCAGGUCGGCUUUUACAGAGAUGUGAGUUUAGUGUGACG